CUAAUGGAUUCAGGACGGGAUAGACCUGAGCUGACCAUGAGCUGCGAGGGCCCGUCCAUGUCUGACUUUGACAGAGGUUUCUGUACAGACCAGAGUCUGUCCCUAUCAGCGGUUUCAGUCGACGGGUUCCUGAGGCCGAGUAAAGGUGUUGUGCUGGAGUAUUCAGAGCCCAACCCGUGUCUGAACUACUCCACCAGUCUCUUAUCACCUUUAGUUGCCCUCAACAAGAACGUUCUCUCUCCAGGCAACACCUUGAGCUCAGCGCUGAGCAGCCCGGUGGAAGGAAAGUCCUCCACGCCCUAUGAGAGAGUCAGACUUCAGAAGCCUGUCCUGGCCAGUUCGCUGGACCUGUCCUGCGUCGACCUGACCACCACCCACCCCUCAUGGGAAGUGUCCCUUGUGAAGGCCAUAGUCGAGAGCCCCAAGUCAUGUUUGGAGUCCACAUGGAGUCCCAUCAACCCGCCGGCGCCUCCUGAGAUCUCGCUGCUGAUGUCCGGAGCUUCAGAGGAGCUCCAGCGCUCGUGGAGGGAGAUUGUCUGGCAAGGAUCGGCUCAAGCUCUGGCAGUCCCAGAUCUCCGAGAGGAACAGAGCUCAUUCAACUUGGCCAUGUGAUGGACACCCUGUUUUAGAUGAUGUGAUGAACGGCACCUGUGAUUAUGUAAAUGUAUUUGUACUGCAAGUGUAUUUAUAGACUGGUUUUCAUCAAAAUAAAGUGUUGAAUCUGCUGAA